CGCGCAGGGCUCGCGCUUGAGCGCUCGGCACGCGCAGCCUCAUUACCACCCGCAGCCCCGGCGUGGGGUUCCUGCGGCGCGUGGGCUCGAGGCUGCCCGAGGCCUGGGCGGGAGCCUUGUCCCAGCCCGGCUCCAGGUAGGACCUGAGUGCCGGCAAGCGAGGCUAAGGCGCCGGUCUCCGGAAGCCUCGUGGGAGGGGCAAGGGCCCGGGGCCGCGCGGCGAGGGAGGACGGGCGGAGCUGUGGAGGAGGCCGCGCCUGGGCCGGGAGCUGCUGGGCGCCGCGGAGGGCAGUGCGGGACCUGGGCGGACGGUUACGGGCGCGGGUGGCACGGCCUUUCUCCUGUGAACGCGCGAGCUAGACACGGUCCUUGGAGAAGAUGGAUGCAGAGAGGCGCCCGCCGCUGGGCCCGCCCUCCGAGGGCCUGUUUGCGGAUGGGCACCUGGUCCUGUGGACUCUGUGCUCGGUGCUUCUGCCUGUGUUCGUCACCUUCUGGUGUAGCCUCCAGCGGUCGCGCCGCCAGCUGCACCGCCGGGAUAUCUUCCGCAAGAGCAAGCACGGGUGGCGCGACACCGACCUGUUCAGCCAGCCCACCUACUGCUGCGUGUGCGCACAGCACAUUCUGCAGGGCGCCUUCUGCGACUGCUGCGGGCUCCGCGUGGACGAGGGCUGCCUCAAGAAGGCCGACAAGCGCUUCCAGUGCAAGGAAAUCAUGCUUAAGAAUGACGGCAGGGCCCAGGACACCAUGCCCCACCACUGGAUCCGAGGGAACGUGCCCCUGUGCAGUUACUGUGUGGUUUGCAAGCAGCAGUGCGGCAGUCAGCCCAAGCUCUGCGAUUACAGGUGCAUUUGGUGUCAGAAGACCGUACAUGAUGAAUGCAUGAAAAAUAGCUUAAAGAGUGAAAAGUGUGAUUUUGGAGAAUUCAAAAACCUCAUCAUCCCACCAAGUUAUUUAACCUCCAUUAAUCAGAUGCGUAAAGACAAAAAAACAGAUUAUGAAGGGCUAGCCUCUAAGCUUGGAACUCAGUGGACUCCAUUGAUAAUCCUGGCCAACUCUCGCAGUGGAACUAACAUGGGAGAAGGACUCUUGGGAGAAUUUAGGAUCCUAUUAAAUCCAGUCCAGGUGUUUGAUGUAACUAAAACUCCCCCUGUCAAAGCCCUACAACUUUGUACUCUUCUUCCCUAUCAUUCAGCUCGAGUACUUGUUUGUGGAGGGGAUGGGACUGUGGGCUGGGUCCUGGAUGCAGUUGAUGAAAUGAAGAUUAAGGGACAAGAAAAAUACAUUCCACAGGUUGCAGUCUUGCCUCUGGGAACAGGCAACGAUCUGUCCAAUACACUGGGUUGGGGUACAGGUUAUGCUGGAGAGAUCCCUGUCACACAAGUCUUAAGAAAUGUAAUGGACGCAGACGGAAUUAAACUAGAUCGCUGGAAAGUUCAGGUAACGAAUAAAGGAUACUACAACCUAAGAAAACCCAAGGAAUUCACAAUGAACAACUAUUUUUCUGUUGGACCUGAUGCUCUUAUGGCUCUCAAUUUUCAUGCUCAUCGUGAGAAGGCACCAUCUCUGUUUUCUAGCAGAAUUCUUAAUAAGGCCGUUUAUUUAUUUUAUGGAACCAAAGAUUGUUUAGUGCAAGAAUGUAAAGAUUUGAAUAAAAAGGUUGAGCUAGAACUGGAUGGUGAACGAGUGGACCUGCCAAAUUUGGAAGGUAUUAUAGUUCUGAACAUCGGAUACUGGGGCGGCGGCUGCAGGCUGUGGGAAGGCAUGGGAGAUGAGACUUACCCUCUAGCCAGGCAUGAUGAUGGCUUGCUGGAAGUCGUUGGAGUAUAUGGAUCUUUCCACUGUGCUCAGAUUCAAGUGAAACUGGCAAAUCCUUUCCGAAUAGGACAGGCACAUACAGUGCGGCUGAUUUUGAAGUGCUCGAUGAUGCCAAUGCAGGUAGAUGGAGAGCCAUGGGCCCAGGGGCCCUGCACUGUCACCAUAACUCACAAGACGCACGCACUGAUGCUGUAUUUCUCUGGAGAACAAACGGAUGAUGACAUUUCUAGUACUUCAGAUCAAGAGGACAUAAAGGACACUGAAUAGACAGAAGAGGAAUGAAAACAGCAUAGAAUCCUCCGAACAAGUAGAUCAGUGUUCAUUGAAAAGUAGAAGCUCUCUACCACCUGUUCAGUCUUAAUUUCGGUAGUAAUAUAAUGACUCUACAUUUAUGUAAAUAGAGUCCCCCAAACAGCCAGACUUCUAGUUAUGUACAAAUGCCUGUUUUUUUUAUAGCAAAAUGCUUAGCUUGUUUAAGUAUUUUUUAAAAAGUCACAGAAAGUUACAUGAAAAUGAGAUAUUUUUCUUGUCACUGUUUUGAGAGCAGGACUCAAUCUUAGGUAUGUACUGUGUCAUUCCUUAUUCUCAAACACACAUUGGUAGACACAUCAUACUCCCAGCAAGUUACAAGUAGAAAGACCAUUUCUGUCUUAAUUUUUAAGGUAGUGACACUGUAGCUUUUUAAACAUUUACUACUUUUUUGAAAGGAGAUGGUUAAUGUCAAAUGGCAUGAUUAAUGCCUCAGCCCCAACCAAUUGGAACCAUAUGUGUUCAUUUCCAGGAAUCAUCAAAAGAAGAAUUAUAAAAGACAAUACUUAAAAUUUUUAUUAUAAGUUUAAUUUUAGGAUCCUUUUCAGACUCCCAAAUGUUGUCUGAUCAACCCUGUUAAUGACUACGUUGAGCUGAAAUUCAGAAUCUUUUUAUAACCCCAGUAUAACCAAGAGAGAACUAGACAGGUGAAUUGGUAAAAUAAAUAAAUAAGAAUCUAAGCACUUGGGAUUGAAACUUGUAGGU